AUGAGCAGAGUUCUGGAUAUCGUCUACAAUAUACGGAUGCUAAAGGAGGAGGUCCCUGCAAAGACAGUGGUCUCAAAGGUGUUAAGAAGCCUUACUUUGAGGUUCAUGCACAUUGUCCAUUCAAUAGUUGAAGCCAAAAGCCUCAAUACCCUCAAUGUGGAUGAGCUUAGCAGCUCAUUAAAAAGCCACAAAUCUCUACUUCACCUUGUUGGUGAGCAGGAGGAUGACAAGGCGUCGCAUGUCAAAUGCUCUCCUUAUGGGGAGCAUGGUGGUCGUGGUACAGGAGGCCGCGGUCAAGGGUCCUAUAGAGGAUGA